UGUGUUAAUGGUUACGGAGGACAAGGAGGCACAUUUAGCACACAAGAGAAGAGGAGUGCUUGUGAAUUUCUGGAAUGGGCAGACUAAGGAGGUAACUUCUGACCAAGCUCUGCGAAUCCCUCUGCCCUUAAGUGAACGCAUCAUCCUAGAACUGCAGAUGCCUUUAGCAGCCAGGCAGAUGGUGAUAGCUUCAAGCUCAGAUUAUCCACACAUUGUGGCACCAGGUUAUAGAGCUUCAGGCCGUUGUGGACAGGAUCACUCAUACCUGGACUACAGGCCAAGGGGUCCGUAUUUGAUUCAGCCAUGUGCUAAGUGCAGCUAUAGGUAUAUCUCACUUCCCCAUUGCUGCCUGACAGCCUGGGUACCCACACAGCUUACAAGGAGCAAAGUACAACACGAAGAUGCCCUCAUACCAGGAACAAACUUGACUAAAGAAGAGCUGAACAGGAAAAUAGAAAAGCAGUUGUCUGAGGAGAAGAUCUCCAUUUCAGAAAGUGUUACCAGAGAAGAAGAGAAAAAGGAAGAAAAGAGAUUGAAGACUGAAAAUAUUCCAAAAGAUGUUCAGUCUUGUAUGGAAGAAGACAAUGAGGUUAUAGAAUCUAAGAAGCAUCCUCAGAGGGAGAUGGCUCAUGCUGUGGUCGAUACCGCUGUCAACACAGACAGCUGGUUAAUGGAGUCAGCACACAAGGAAGAAGCAGACAGCAGACAGCUGGAAGACAAUACCAAGGCUCAUCUUAAACAUGAACAUGGUGCUGAAAUUGUCUGUUUGAGUCCAAACUGGCAGAAACUGCAAUCCAGCAUUCCCAGAGGAGCCCUUCUGUGA